AGUGUUUUAUUAAUAAUAUUAAUAAACAACAGUCACUUAUAAAAAAUGGUACAAAAUGACUAAGUUAGAAAAUGAUAAAAAUAAGGUCUUAUUGGGUUAUAAGUUGUCUUCACAUCAAGAUGCUUUAGUGAAUUACUUAGUGCCUUCAAUAUGUGCUUGCUUGUUAUAUAUUUUUAUUAUUGCCACGGAUAUAGCAGUAAUAUUUUGUCAUUAUAAAAAUGGCGAUCCCAUUUGGGCUUCUCUUACAAUAUUUAUAAUGUAUCUUCCACUUUUGGGAAGUUUUAUAAUUAUAAUAUCAAAUUGGGAUCUUUGGCCAGAAUUAGUAGGUUGUGGUAUAGAAAAUAUAAAAUGGUUUGUUAUUAAAACACUAGAACAUUUACUAUUUCCAAUUUGGAGUAUGUGGAGAUUUGCUGAAAGAAUAUUUUGGUCUAUUGAGGCUGUAAGAUCAACUGAUGAAAUAUUUAUUAUGCAAGCUAAAGCAGUAGUUGAAGCUGCAAGAUCUAUUGAGUUGUAUGUAUUUUUACAAUCUUAUGUACAUGCACUUCCUCAAGUUUUAUUUCAGCUUUAUAUUUUGAUGAGACAUAACACUGAUAUCAACAGAGAAACUCAGAAAGCACAAUUUAUAAGUUUGAUACUAAAUCUAGCUAAAGUUUCAAUUACAACAACAUAUUACCAAAGAUUUAAAUCACAAAAGUUAACUGGAAAACAAUAUCCUUGGUAUAAAUCACAUAAAUUAUCUCGACCCUCAUCAGUGGCGUUAAGAUCAAAUGUUUCCCAAUCAGGAUUAGUAGUACAAAAACGAAGAGUUACUACGAAUAUUGAAGAAAUAUAUGAUCUUCAACCGCCACAGGUAUCAGAAAGCAGAAGAAGUAGCGAUAUUUAUCUAGAGCCAAGUACAAGUAUGGCAAGUGGAGGAAAUAGGCGUCAAACAUUUGUGGAAACAGAUUUUGAGGAAGUUGUUAAUACUAAAGCAGGAACUGAAAAUUUAGAAUCAAAGAGUUCUAAUUAUGAACAAAUAACAAUGUUAAGAGAAACGUCAGUGGUUGAUGGACCAAAACGACAGGUAUUUAGGGAGCAGAUUACCUCUGAAAUAUCAGAACCGGAUUUUAAUAUUUCCCGUGUCAUAUAUGUUAAAGGUUUACAAGAUGACGAUUUGGCAGGAAAAUUGGUAGCUUUCUUAUGGUGGUUUUGUUUUCUCUUAGUGCGAGUUUUAGCUAUUUCUGUAUUUGCAUACUUUUUUAUCAAAGAAACAGUUUGGUUGUUAGCUUCUCAUUAUGCAAUAAUCAUGGGAUUUUUAUUGUAUGAUGUAAAGUCUGACGAAGUGAAAAGAGCAAAAGCCAUUUUUUUCAUUUUUAUCGGAUUAAUUUACAUAUUUUGUAUUAUUGAAUUUAAAAUCAAAUUUAAAAAGGCGACAUUUAUUUACUAUGGAUAUUUUGUUUUAGCUUUUAUUGAAAACUUUGUUAUGUGCAUGAUUUGGUUCAUGACUGAAAUAGAGUCGAUAGAAAAUGAUUUUUGGUUUCGAUAUUCAUUUUAUAUUAUCGUCAUGGGUUCACUUAUUAGUUUUUCGUCUAUGUUAUUUUAUUUCACCAUUAACAAACCACCCAAGGUGAUGGUGAAAACAAACCUAUAAAAUAACUUUUAAACUGUUCUCAUACUAUAUACGAUUUUAAUUUAUUUAAACCUAAAAUAAAUAUUGUAUAUUUUUUCAACAAAUAAACAUAUAAGCAGUAUAAAUAACACUAUAUAUUUUGCAACAGCACUUGUUAGUCGCAGAUUGGAAAGUAUCUGUAAUCAAGGUUUGAAAAAAAUUUAUGGUACUCUUAUAUUAAUAUAUUUUAUUUUCAAAUAAAUUUCAUUUCUAUGAAGCAUAAU